AUGUCCGAGCCCAAUAAGUACCGGGAGUGGAUCCUGGAAACAAUCGACUCCCUCCGCUCGAGGAAAGCCCGUCCGGAUCUGGAGAGGAUUUGUCGAAUGGUCCGAAGACGACACGGGUCAGACCCGGACCGAACCAGGACAGAACUGGAAAAACUGAUUCAAGAGCAGACGGUGCUCAAAGUUAGCUACAAGGGCUCAAUAUCAUACAGAAACGCGGCGAAGGUGCAGAGGAAAAGCAGAAAGAAGAGUGAGUUUACGGCCGCUGGCAGCAGCAGCGCGGAGGCAGUGAGGGAGCGGACCAAACACGACCAUCUGAACAACAACGGCGACAGUGCGCACAGCUUCACCGACCAGGAGGAGGGAGAGGAGGACUCGGAGCCCAGCCCAGAUCCCAACACUCAAACACCAGCCAGCUGCGCCGACAAGAAGCUCAAGCCUGCUUCCUCCAGCCCAAGUAGCGGAAACGGGUGCCUCAGUUGUGGCGCAACAACGGGCUGCGCUGUCGGGAGCGGCUGCAAAGAGGAGAAAGCAAGUGCACUGAGAGACAAGGGAUUAGGACAGCAGGGAGCGGGGGACUGCCCGUCGCCCGGUCUCAGUCACAAAACAAACGCACACGACGGCGGCGAUGCCAGCAGGUUAACACCGAGCAAAGCUGAUGCAGUUCUUGGGGAGAAAGAGCUGUCCGGAGAUGACACCCACAACAAAACUUGCUCCGGGAGCGUUAACAACCUCCCGCAACAACAGAGACUGAAGCCAGCUUCUCAGCCCCUCAAGCCCAAACUUCGAGUCGGAGCAGGGGGCACCAAAACAGCGGGGAACCACGCCAACUCCGACCUGGGCGACAGAUUGGUGGCUUCUGUUCGCAGCCUGUCCGAGCGCAGCAUCCGAGGGGGGUCCUCCGCCGCGACCAGAGGCCACAUGAAGCCGCUCGGACUGAAGGAGAUUUUGGGCUAUCUGAGCAGCCAGGAGCGGCUGUCGGAGGAGAAGCUGACCCGAGGCAAAGUCAAAGUGGUGAUGGAGAGAGAGGUGGCGAGGGGCAGGCUGCGCAGGACCCGCUGCGGGAACAUUACUCUUCCUCUGAGGAGGAUGGUGGUGGAGGAGCCGACGGCUGAGAGACUUAUAAAGAGCGCACUGCAGGACAAGCACACCGUGAAGAAGCCGCCGUCCCCCUCUCUCCAGGAGCAUGAGCCGAUGGAAGCAGCCAGUGAAGAAGAGGAUCGGGAGGAGGAAGAGGAGGAGGUGGAGGAGGAGGAUCCCCGGAGUUCUGAUGAGGAGGGAGGACUAUCCCCAGUAGCCAUGACAACCGACCCAGAGCUCAUUGAGAAAACCACAGAAGAAGCUGAGAUCCAGGCAGCAUUGAAGCAGGAGAGCCUCCACCAGCAGCAGCACAGUGCUAAAGAGAUGUGCGGUCUUGAUUCCCUCACCAGGACGCCGCGUCCACCUGUUCAGGGAGCGUCCCUGUCACAAUGUAACAACACACACUCAGAGGAGAAGGCAGCCGUCCCUGAUCGCCAACAUAUGGAGGCAAAAGUAAGUAAUCAGAUGCAGCAUGACAGAAUCAACCACACCCCCUCAGCCUUUAACAGCUCGGAGUCUAAGACAGAGGUCGGAGUGUCGUCCUGCCUGCUCACACCCACUGCUUCCCCGAGAGACUCUGGCAUGUGUGAGGAACGAGGGAUGAACGGAGGAGUCAGCAGUGGAGGGUUUAUGAAGUCAGAGGGGGCCAGUGGGAGCCCGGUGGACUGGACGGUGUCUGAUGUGGUCAGUUAUUUCACAGCAGCAGGUUUCCCUGAGCAGGCUACUGCUUUCAGGACCCAGGAAAUCGAUGGCAAGUCUCUUCUCCUCAUGCAACGUAACGAUGUUUUGACUGGCCUGUCAAUCAGACUUGGCCCUGCCCUCAAGAUCUAUGAGCGUCAUGUAAAGGUUCUGCAGAAAACACACUUUGAGGAUGACGACUGUUAACAACAGUAAUACACACAGGCACACUGUUGUGUCUGUAUCUACAUAUAGCUCAA